AUGGCAUCAAAAAUGGAAAAACUUAAAUCAAAAGCUAAUGAUGCUUUUUCAGCAGAACAAUAUGAUGAAGCAAUUGACUUAUAUACACAAGCAAUAGCACUUGAUGAAAAUAAUCAUUUUCUUUAUAGUAAUCGAUCAGCUGCUUACACAAAAUCUUAUAAAUAUAAAGCAGCAUUGAAAGAUGCAGAACAAUGUCUUAAACUUAAACCGGAUUUUGUUAAAGGUUACUCUCGGAAAGGUGCAGCAUUAUUACUUCUUAAACGAUACGAAGAAGCAAUUAAUACUUAUGAAGAAGGUCUUGCAAUCGAUUCAACUAAUGAAACAUUAUUAAAUGAUCUUGAAACAGCACGAAAAGCUGCCGUUAGGGGAUCAAAAGUAUCGUUGCUUCUUGUUUGUUAA